AUGAGCUUAAGUUUAGUUCGGAAACGGCGUAAUUCAGGUGAAGCCGUAAAUGAUUCCCAAAGUAACAACGCAGUACCUAAUAAGCGCCGAUAUACAGGCUCCCAACAUAAUUCGUCACAAUCUCAACGUGCCAACACCAGUAUCAUCCAAGAUAAGCGAUGUGGCAAAAUCCUGUUGAUGCACCUAACAAACUUUAUGUGCCACUCGAAUCUAAUAGUCGAAUUCCAUUCACGGGUGAAUUUUCUGGUGGGUAGUAAUGGCAGUGGCAAAAGUGCUAUACUUGCCGCUUUGGUCUUGGGUUUAGGAGGAAGUGCAAAAACCACCAACAGAUCCCGCAGUGCAAAAGCAUUCAUAAAAAAUGGCGAAACGACCGCUAAAAUUGAAAUAGUUUUGGCUAAUGAUGGUCCACAGCCAUACGAACCCGAUGUGUAUGGAAAUAAAAUAAUCAUAGUGAGGACAAUUUCGAUGUCUUCUGGCUCCUAUGUAAUAAAAAAUGAAUCCGGAAACGUCAUCACGAAGAAAGUGGACGAUUUGCACAGAAUACUUAUGUAUCAUAACGUUCAAGUGGAUAAUCCAGUGUUUGUGCUGAACCAGGAUAGUGCUAGAGAAUUCUUAAAGGAACUAGAGCCUGCGAAGAACUACCAGCUAUUCCUUAAGGCUACGCAGAUUGACAUAGUUUAUGAGAAAUUGAAUGAUUCUCUUCGUCUACACAAAGACCAUUUACAAGAAUUGAAAAAUUAUGAGAUUAAAUUGAAAAAAGAAAGAGAGGACAUAGCCGAACAUGAACGCAAACUGGAUGAACUUUUAUCAUUUGAAAAAUUAAAGGAUAAUCUCAAGAAUUUGGAAACUCAGCUUGCUUGGCAAUUCGUUAAGCAAUGCGAAUGUGAGCUUCAAGAAAUAAGUGAUAAACUUUUAAAGUACAGUGAAAAGGAACGUGAACUACAAAAUUUAAUACAAAACAAAGACGAAGUUUAUAAAUUAUUAAGUCAAGAGAUUAGGAAAGAGGAGGAAGAUAUAAAUUUGAAAAAUAGCAAUUAUGACAAAGUCAACAGACAGUAUAGAGAAAUUAAAAAUAAAGUGGAUGAACUGAAAAAACGCACAACCGAUUUGAAAAACACUAAAGAUAUACUAAAAAAGAAGAAAUCUCGGCUAGAGAGCCAAAUAGAAGAAAUAAAGAAAUACAUCAAUGAAAAAUCUCAAGGCAAUCAAGAUGACGUCGACGCUUUGCGGGCUCAAAAUCAGAACGAAAUAACAAAACUUCGCCAGCAAUGUAAAAAUCACGUAGAUCCAAUGAUUGAAAAUAUUAAACGUGAACUUAAACUUCACAUGGAGAGCAAAGAAAAGAAGGAACAAGUUGUAAGUGAAAUUAGGCGGCAACAAAGAGAUUGUGAAGGCGAAAUACGUAUUCGUAAUGGGCAGAUAGCAAAUAUUAGAGCAAGUGCCAAAAACAAAAUAUUAAUAUAUGGAAAUCAUAUGCCCGCACUUUUAAAGGACAUACAAAAUGCCUAUUCCCAAGGUCUGUUUUCUAAGUUACCGAGAGGACCAAUUGGCAGUUAUGUGGAUGUACCAAACAGUCAGUUCCGAGAUAUAGUUGAAAACGCUAUCGGCAGUGGUUUGCUGGGAGCAUUUCUUGUUAACAAUACAAAGGAUAGGCAAAUUCUAGAAAAAAUAUUCGCAAAAUAUGAAAUUCGCCGUCCGAUUGUUAUAACUACAACAUUUUCGGAUAAGGUAUAUGAUGUUAGUGCCGGUUGUGUAAAUCCACCCAAAGGAACACGUUUGCUUUUGCAAGAAAUCAAAUGUUCUGAUGCAACCGUAAUGAAUUGCCUAAUCGAUCGUUUACGCAUAGAAUCUAUUUUGCUUACAAAUAGUAAGGAAAUAGCUGAAGCUAUUACUUCUGACAAUGAUCAUGUGCCCAAAAAUCUAUUGCGAGUUAUAGUGCUCAAAGAAGGCAAUAUUUUGCUGGAAUAUUACCCUAAACCAAAUUAUCGAAUGUAUUCUACUAAAAUAAAACCAGCCAAUUUUAUACAAGUUAAUAUCGAAGAACGUAUUCGGGAUCUUGAAGGUGAAAAGCGUGCAUUGGAGGAAAAAUUAAAAAUCUUUGAAAAAGACCUUAGUCACAUGAGCAAUGAAAUACCCCAGGAUGCAAAGCACAUACACGAAAAGCGGGAACUUUUGGCGAAACAAGAAAAUGCCCGCAGAGAUAUUAUGGAAAGAAUAGAUGAACUGGACAGAAUUGAAUAUGCUGAUUAUAGUAACGAGAUUUUACUAUUGCAAAAGGAAAUGGAAGAGUACGAAGCUCGACUGGGAGAUAUUGAACAAAAACUAAGUGAAACCAGUGGUCUAUUGUCCGAUGUUAACAAUGAAAAAAUUCAUGUCGAUGAAGAGCUUCUAACCAAAGAAAACGAACUUCAGGAAAUUAAAAAUGAUAUUGAGGCCUUUAAGUCGAAUGUAGAUCGCAAGAAAAUGAAGCUACGUAGUGUUAAUAGUAACGAUUCUACAUAUCGUGUCAAAUUGUCCGAGAUCCAGGAGGUUAUUAAUAAACUAAAAAGAGAUCAGAAUGAUUUAUCUAAGAAAACAGAUGCUUACAUUAAAUCGGCUGUAGAGAAGGGUGAACGGGUAGAAGGCGACAAAAGUGAGGAACAACUACAAGAUGAGAUAUCAAAAAUCAAAGCCAAACUCAAACACGGUAAGCCGGUCAGCUUGGAUCCUGAAUCUAUGCGCCAACUGAUUAUGACUAAAAAGGAGGCAUUGGAGGCCAAUGUAGGCAAAUAUGACAACAUAAAACAUUCCAUUUAUUCACUGAGAAAAUCGUUAAAAUUCCGCUUUGACUUUUUGAAAAAGCUAAAGGAACACAUGGCAUUGCUUUUGCAAUUAGCGUUUAGUAUGAUUUUGAGAUUACGUAAUUUUGAAGGUUCAUUAGAUGUUAAUCACCAAGAGAAAACUCUGAAACUAUCUGUUAUUCCUCGAGAUCAUAAUAAAAAUGCUGUGUCCAACACAAAAUCUUUGUCUGGGGGAGAACGUUCAUAUAGUACUGUAGCGUUUCUCAUAUCAUUGUGGUCAUGUGUUGAUCAUCCAUUCUAUUUCUUGGAUGAGUACGAUGUGUUUACGGACGAAGUUAAUCGAGAGUAUAUGACACGUUUGCUUAUUGAUGAAGGACGUAAACGGCCACUUCGACAGUAUUCAUUCUUAACACCCCAGGAUAUGGCAUUGAUGUCUGAAGAUUUUAUAAAAAUAUUACGGUAA